CUGAUUGUAGAAUACAGCUAAUUUUUUUUAUAGUACGUGACAAAUAAUUAUGAGCAUGACCAAACUUACAUCUCUGUUCUCCUAACAGAUUAUUUGAUAUCGACCUGUUGUUUAGCACCCCCCAAGCUAUAAUUCAUGCAUUAAACAUCCUUUGAAUUUUGCUCUUUCUCAGUCAUAAGGACUUGAAGCUUGCUAGUGGAGAAAUGAGGUUUGUAGUAUCUCCUGUGGUGGCAUUUCAGCCAGUGGAGGCAUAAAAAGGUGAUUAAGUACAUACAUAACAUACCCAGUCUCUGCAGCUUUAGUUUACAUUGAGAAGCAGGAAUCAACAAAUUCCCCUUGCCUCUUGGAUCCACAGAGCAAAGAGAGGCGAGCGAGCUACCUUGAAAAGAGCUUUACAUCCUAUUCUGUGCAUGGGUGCUUGGAUCGCUGCUGAUGUUGCUAAUGGUUUCUGACGGAUAAAUGCACUCUAACUAAAUCUAUGCCGAGCACCUUGAUUUGAGUUCCAUGAAUCUAUUUUGUAUAUCUGAUUAUACUUUUUUCUCCGCGUAGUCCACUCCAUGAAUUAGGCACCAGGCACUAGAUGAAAAGGUCUCAGUUUGUUAGUUUUUUUGGCCUAAUAAUUUUUUGUGCGUGUUUUGUCUUCUCGUCGGUUGUUUUCUUUUCUCAAGAAAACAAUGUGGUGUCUCUGUGGUUUGUUGCAGUAAUGUGUUGUGGUAAAUGGACAUUUCUUGUUGAACGGCUUGAUUUAGUGCUUAAAGUAUUUGGGUGGGCAUCUCCAUUAUUAUGUCUCAUAUAUCAAGCUUACAAGAAGGCUCCUUGAGAUGGCAAAUUUGAUGGCUUGUCCCGGACAACCAGUAUACUCAGUAAGGACUUUGCCAAUGGAAACAACUUGUGGUUCUCUUUUGUUAGAGCUACAGAAAAUAUGGGAUGAAGUUGGAGAGGCUGAUAAUGAAAGGGACCGAAUGCUUUUUGAACUUGAACAAGAAUGUCUGGAUGCAUACAGAAGGAAAGUGGAUCACGCAAACCGUUCAAGAGCUCAGCUAAGGCAGGCAGUUGCUGAUGCUGAAGCACAGCUUGCGGACAUUAGCGCUGCAUUGGGAGACCGACCAGCUCAUAUAAAGAAGAGUUCCGGGAGCCUGAAGCAAGAGCUUGAGACAAUUAUGCCUCAUCUGGAAGAUAUGACAGCGAAAAGAAAUGAGAGGAAGAACCAAUUUUCAGAGGUUCUGAAGCAAAUUAAUAGUAUCUCUAUGGAGCUUUCUAGUUCUACGAACACAUGUCUUGAUGAGACGUCUGUUGAUGAGAGUGAUUUGUCAAUGAAAAGGUUGGAUGAUUUACGUAAUCAGUUGCUUUUGCUGCAAAAAGAAAAGGAUGACCGCAUGAAUGAGCUGCUUGACCUUUUGAACGUCGUUAAUGCUCUAUGCUUGGUGCUUGGGAUGGACUUCAAAUCAACAAUUUGCAGUGUUCAUCCAUCUCUAGACAACGCAUGCAAGAAGAAAAGUAUAAGUGCGGAUACAAUGCAGGGUUUAUCUGCUAUGAUAUUUAGACUUAAGAAUGUUAAGUUGCAGCGCAUGCAAAAGCUUCAACAAAUUGCGAUGACCAUGAUAGAACUCUGGACUCUGAUGGAUACACCAGUGGAGGAGCAACAAAUGUUCCAGAAUGUAACACUUACUAUUGCUGCUGCAGAAAAUGAAAUAACUGAGCCCAACAGUCUGUCUUUGGAGAUAAUCAAUAAUGCUGAGGCAGAACUUUCGAGGCUGCAAGAAAUGAAAAUGAGUAAAAUCAAAGAAGUCCUAUUAAAAAAGAGAUUGAUUUUGGAAGAUAUAUGCCACGGAUCACACAUGCUUGUUGAAGGAAAAUCUGGAAAAGAUCUCUCUAUAGAAUCUAUUGAGUCAGGGGCAAUCAGUCCAUCUUAUCUACUUGAAGAAUUAGAGGCACAGAUAUCCAAGGUUAAAGAAGAAGCAUUAAGUAGAAAAGAGAUUCUUGAAAAGGUCCAGAAAUGGUUGGCUGCAUGCGAAGAGGAAGGCUGGCUGGAAGAGUACAAUAGGGAUGACAAUCGUUAUAAUGCUGGACGAGGUGCACAUCUUAUGCUUAAGCGUGCUGAGAAGGCUCGUGUGCUUGUAAAUAAAAUCCCAGGAAUGGUAGAUGGUCUGAAGUCAAAGGUAAAAGCUUGGGAGAAAGAAAGAAAUGCAGAGUUCCUCUACGAUGGUGUUGGUCUAAUUUCCAUGAUUGAUCAGUACAGCGAAUUAAAGCGCUUGAAAGAACAAGAGCGUCAAAUUCAGAGGGGUCAGAAGAAGCUGCAGGGACAGUUAGUGGCGGAGCAAGAAGCAAUCUAUGGUUCAAAACCGAGUCCAUCCAAGAGUGGGGCCAAGAGUUUAAAACCUUCAACCGGAGGCGUGGCUAGUAAGAGGUUUUCAUUAGGAGGAGCCGCGCUCCAAACUGCACUCGACAAAGCUGCUCCCUCUUCUCGUCGACUUAACAAGAAUAAGUCCGUGAAACGCCAGACUUUGAACAAUAAUCACCACACUGGCCUUGCAGUUCCCCUUUCUGAUAAGAAAAACAUGAAUAGUGGGGCAGCUAAACAGCAUUCCAGCAAUGCAUCAAUCUCACAUCAGAGUGGAUCAGCAGCGUUGAGGAAGGCCCUCUCUCCCUUGUCUUCACUAUGUUCCAAGAACACGCAGAAUGGGGCGGUCCAAGAUGCUGAGAGUGGUGGUUACAAAACUCCAGCGGCAGCAACGCCAACGAAGAGGUAUACUUCAAAUGAUGAGAACAGAACGCCAAAGAGAAUGCCAAUCCCAGUGGCAGCCACUCCUCUAACAGCGUGUAGCGCAAUGCGGACAGCUAUGACCCCAUUCACGCCGAGCGUUCAUGCAAUUGAACAAAUGGAGUACUCCUAUGAGGAGAGAAGAGCUGGCUUUGCUGUUGCUAAGGCACUCUCCCUCGUUUAGGUUAGGUUUGGUUUGGUUUGGUUUGGUUUUGUUUUGUUUUGUUUGUGCAGGUAUUGGCAUAGGCCAUUGAUCUAUGGCUUCUACUACUAGUCUACUAUUGAUGCAUAUAGAUUAACUUUCCUUCAUAUCUGUUCUUGUUUGGAUUCAUACUGAUCAUUUUGACUUUUGAGUUCAAGCUCGAAAUAUUUCACUGUC